UGUUGCUCAUGGUGUUCAACAAAAUUCUCAAGACUACAAAUCGCUUCAGGUUAUUAUUGCCUCCUUGGAAUGGGUGAACUCUUCGAAGGCGAUAAAUUGACUGUCUCGCCGUGCUCGAAAGAUUCAACUUUAUCUUUCUCAGCCCUUCUAAGUUGCUGAAGUCAUUACUGGACAUAAGGGUAAAUUCUUCAGUCUUGAACAGAUUAUUGAUGGAUUUGAAAAGAUUUAGAGAGGAGAGAUGGAGAUCACAUCCCGGAGGUGGAAUUUUAUAUGCGGGAGAUAUAGAUGAUUCCACAAAAAGGCAGAGGAACUGGCGAAGCAAUAGAGGAUAGAU